UUUUCUCAGCCCGUCUCAUGUGGCUCCCCCCUUUUUCCUGUCCAUCCCCAGCUGAACUGCUCCAGGGUUUUGUCUCCGGGGCGGACCCCGGCCCGCUGGCGGCUGUGUGCUGAGGCCUGGCUCCUUCCAGCUGCAAACGGGCCGUGUGUUGCAUACUCCUUCAGCAUGAGCGGAGGAGACGCAGACUUUCUGCGGACCGCUUCGCAGCUCGGAUGCGAGGUCCACCGUUUCGAUCCCGGCAAGUCCGAGGCAUCCGGUGGUCGCCCUGGCAACGGUUUGGCGGGUAACCAUGGCGACGGAGGUGGUGUCAUCCAGCACAAGACGUGGUUGGAGUGGCGAGCUCCAAAGAGGCGCAGGCCGAGGGCAAGAGGCGACCUGGGCAGCGUUUCUCAAACGCUGGCAGAUAUCAUGGCUGCUCUGGGACAUCGUACAGUUCACUUUCUCUAUGCUGACCUCCUAAGUGCUGAGUGGAGAGUUUUCCAGAACUGGAUUGAGGUGGGAACUCUACAAAACAUCCAUCAUCUGGUUGCUACGGUGCACCUGCAGUGGGCCGGGUUUGAGGUGGGAGGAACCAAUGAGGAAGUGCUUCGCUUUUGGUUCAGCGUCCUUCGGGCUGUUCAGGUUUUCGGAUUCAAGCUGGUUCACAGCUCUGCAGGGGAGGGUCACAGUGUCCUGAAACAGACAGCAGCCAGCGCUCACAGCUCCUACACACUCAGCUGGGUCAACACACAACACUGACGCGCACACCUGAACGUUUUUAGAGCCGUGCGUGCUGCUGUGGAUGAAAAAAAAAAGGAGAAAAAAAGAGAGUCAGGUGAAUCUUCUUAGCUUUUCUCUCAGGGCAUUCAGCACAAAUCCAUUUUCCAAAUGAUGUCGCCCCCUAGCGGACAUUGAACAGUUUGCAUCCUUCAAUCCUUCACAGUGGUGUUCAUACAUGCAGAGAAAAUGGACAGUUUGACCAAAUACGAGAACAAAAUGUAAUUUUUAAAUAGUUGAUGAACAAAAAAUAAAAAAUAGCAAACCAACAGAUCUUAAUUUAUACUGAAACCAUGCUUGAAAUGUAAGAAAAAUCAGACUACUAAAAAAUCAGUUUGAUUCUUUUUCCUUUGACCUUCCCGACUAUGUUAAUUUUGUUUGAUCAAAAUCAAUGCUGUCAGAUUAAUCCGCAUGUGGUAGUUUUACAAAUAUCUGUUUGUUACUUGUUCCACAACAAUGGAUUAUUAUGUGACUGUUUUGUAGACAUUCAAUAAUUUCAAGGGACUUCAGAAAUAUAUAUUUGCUCGACUGGGUGUUAAUUUACCCUUUUAAAAAUUGAAUAAUUGUUUACGUAACACAAUUUUUGGAUGAACCAUUAGCUCCAGAUCCUUUAUGUUCUAGCAAUGUUGUUGUUAUCCAGAGUCUUAAUCUCAAUCAGGACAAAAAUAGUGUGAAUGUUGAAAUAUCUGUGUUACUGUUAGCAUCCAUGUCAGUAUCAUCCAUUGCAAAAGGGAAUUUAGAGUAUAUACACUACAUAUUACAACAAACAAAUUAUUUCAAAAUGCUGAAAAAGGAAAGUGUAUGAAAUUACUGUGAAACUGAAAGUGGACAUGGGGAUUAUAGCCAGGACAUUAAAUACUGUUGAUAUGUGCUUAAUUUAUCAUCCUUUAUGCAUGCUGAAGCUAAAGAAAUGACUCCAAAGGACGCUUAAUUGUUUUUAACAAAAAUAAAAUAAACUUAUUGU